AUGGACCUGGAGCAAGCCCGUGUGACUUUGCAGUCGCAGAAUGAACGACUCAAGCAGGAAAACGAUCAGCUGAAAUCAUUUCUGAGUGUAAUGAAGGAGAACAUAGACCUGAGAGCCAGAAUGCAGAGCUUCAAUAAUGAUACAAUGGAGGAUAUUGCAGCCUCACAGCUGAAGACAACCACAGAGUGGCAAAACACCUUGACUGAAAGGCAGUUCAGAAACGAGAUGCAGCAAACAAAAGUCAAGCAAGAGCAACGAACGUCGUCUCCCGUCGACUUCAAGACUCUCAUCCAAAGCUCCAUGAACACAGACACUGAUGUGAAAGGGGCGCCUCAGAGCAGCCAGGAUGAGAGUCCUCCUGACGCCGAAGGUCCAGAUAGGCUGUUUGGAGAGAUUUCCUUCCAGCUGGACAGGAGGAUUCUGUCCUUUGUUUUCCAGGGCCAGAAGAGGCUCUAUGGUUUCACAGUGCUCAACAUAGCAGAUAAAGUCACCGAGGUCUGCACACACCCGCUGACGGGGAAGGUGGAUGAAGGCUAUCGGCUUUAUCUCACGCAGAGGUUUGCAGGCCUCAUGGACAGGCUGACCCAGCUCGGGUACAAAAUGACACUUCACCCUAUUUUCACCGAAUUCAUCGUCAACAGCUACGGCAUCCUGAAGGAGAGGCCUGAGAAAAACAGUGCCCAGGAGCAGGAUUACAAUAACCCAGACUUUCUGAAGAAGCAGAUACUGACAUCGGCGCCCAGGCAACUUCAGAAGGACCUGCUGCUUGUGCUCAACUGCCUCUGCAGCAUGGCGGAGAUGGAUGGAAAGCCUCUCUUUCUGUGGUAGAAAACACUGAAUUUGGAGGUUAAGGAAUGCUAAAAUAAAUAAAAAGUUAAAAUAAAUCACAUAUUUGCUUAUUCAUUUGCACUUUUCAUUAAACAAACUGGAAAAGCUGUUUUAUUCAAGCCACAAAAGCAUAAUUUACUCUUGGGUUUUUAAGCAGUUUCUAACAAAAAUGUAUGUAGUAACAGACUGGAGCAUCUUCUAAGCAUAAAGGAUGCACUGUAUUACUCAUGA